UCAUUCAAUUCACACGGGCCUUUUUGCCUCUCUCUCUCUCUCUCUCUCUCUAAGAGGAAAAGCCUUUUUUCCUUUCUCUCUCUAGAGUUUUAAAAAGCUUGAACUUUUGGCUUCUGGGUAUUGGAAGGAAGCAGAAGAAGAAGGAGAACAAGGAGGAGAAGGAAAUAGAAUUGAAACAUACGACCAACAUACAUGGAUGAGUUUUCGGGUAAAAGAGCUGAGAAUGGACUCAUCUCUAAAAAGGGAUCUGGUCUUGUUUUGAGGGAAACCCCCAAUAGAGACCGCAAUGCUCAGCUCUGUAGCCGACUGGGAUGCAGUGGAAGAUUGAACUCUGUGAAAAGUGCUCAAGUUGAAAAGGCCAAACCUUCAAGGCCAACAUUUCGCUCUUCGUCAAGUGGGAAAGAGAUAAUUGGAAGUUCCUCGAGGUCUUGCGUUGGUGUUGGCAACACAAGAAACUCCAUUGCAGAACCUUAUAAAAAGCUAUCUUCUAAUUUGGAUACUGAUUCAUCUGAAACCAGUAGUGUUCAGGAUGAUCCAGAAGUUUCAGAAAUUGCUCCGCCACCGGGAAAAAUUCAAAGAGGGUUGCACCUUGAAUCUAAAAAUUCUGUGUCUAGUGAAAUCACCUUGAUGGAAGUUGGAAGCUCCGGUGUAGCAUCAAAUACAAGGUCUCGAAGGAGUUUUAAUCAGAGAUCUGGAUUGCGCAGCCCAGAUUCCAUAGUGGGUUCCAGUGUUUCUACGGGACCUAAAAGCACCAUCCAGACACGGGCUAGCACAGCCAGGAAUGGUUUAAGAAGUCUAAGAUGCAGUUCAGUAUCUGACGUUGCCCCAUCCAGUUGUUCAUCAUCAGAUUCAAGCCUUGGUCGGAGAGAGACCAUAAAGAAAAGAACUUCCGAAGGAGAAAGUAGUUCUGCUGCUAAGGGGAAGAAGAUGAAUGGGUCAUCGUCAGCACAAAAUUCCAAUUCUAGCCAUGGCAUCUCAAUUUCUGAUUCAAGAAGAGCUAGAAAUAUGCCUUCUAACAGGGAUAACAAUGGUGUUGCAUCAGUGAGGACUCGGAGAACUGUCACUGGUCACUCGAGGGGAAGGCUGCUUCCUCAUCAAGGAAGUGGAAACAACUCGUCAUCCAAUGGAUUCUCUGCAGUUGGCCCACAUACGUCUCAACCUGAAAUGUCUAUCAACUCAAAUGCUUCUACUUCAUCACAACAGUUAUCUGCUGAAGUUCCUUUAAUUCGGCAGAAUUCUUAUAGCCGGCCAGGUAGUAGCAGUGGUACUUUUCAUGGCAUUCUGCGAGCUGGUGCUUCAGAUGUUGGGUUUUCCCGCUCUCUAAUGAAUCAGGAUGGACUGCGACGCUACAACAUGGAUGGGAUAGCGGAGGUAUUGCUAGCACUCGAGAGAAUUGAACACGAUGAAGAGCUAUCAUUUGAGCAAAUACUUGUUCUCGAGACCAAUUUGUUCCUGAAUAGCCUAAACAUCUACGAUCAUCACAGGGACAUGAGAUUGGAUAUCGACAACAUGACAUAUGAGGAAUUAUUAGCUCUAGAAGAGAGGAUGGGUACUGUCAGCACAGCAUUGCCAGAAGAAGCAUUGUCCGAUUGCCUUAAGAAAAGUAUCUAUCAGUCCACACCCCAAGAAAAUGCAUCCGUAAGCUGCGAUGGGAAGGAGGAUGUCAAAUGCAGUAUCUGCCAGGAAGAGUAUGUGGCUGAAGAUGAAGUUGGAAGAUUGCGCUGCGAGCAUAGCUUUCACAUUGUAUGCGUAAACCAGUGGCUGCGGCUUAAGAAUUGGUGCCCAAUAUGCAAGGCAGCGGCAGCACCAGCAACAGCACCCUCGCCUUCGCCACCCUCCACAUAAUUAAGUCAUUAAAUCAUUUGGAGGAAAGACUUCCUCAUUGUAUCUUUCUUCUUUAUAAAGUUUACCCUUUCCAUGUACAUAUUGAUUCUCUUCCGUCUCGUCUCAUUCAACUAAUAAAUCCAAGCUGUCAGGCUUAAAGCCUGAAUCCGCAUUCACUUGUGGAACUGUGAAUACAUACAAUUAUACAAAGUGGUGCUGUUUCUUCAAA